AUGGAUUUAGAAAAUAAUAAUAAUAAUAAUAACAGUAAUGAUAAUAUUGAUAGUAAUAUUGGAAACGAUAUAGAUAAUACAAAUAAUAACAAUAAUAAAUAUUAUUAUAAUACCGAUAUUCACAAUAUAAAUAGUAAUAGUAAUAAUCAUAGUAGUUUUGAACAAUAUAAUGGUAUUGGUGCAGCGAUUUUAGGGCCAUAUCCAUUUCCAUUAACAUCAAGUUUCUUUCAAACAUUAGGUGCUGUUACAAUUUUAUUAAUUUUCAAUUUAAUUCAGUAUAGAUACCAAAAGAAUGAUUUGGUACAAAAAAGUUAUUUCUUUGAUAAAAAUUUCAUACAAAAAAGUUUAAUUAUGAUACCAGUAUCAUUAUGUUUUGCUCUUGUUAUGAUAUUAACAAAUCUUGCAAUUCAAAUGGUACCAGUUGAUUACCAUGUUGUCAUUAAAUCCACAAAUAUUAUUUGGGUAGUAUUAUUCUCAAUUUUAAUUAAUAAAGAGAAACCAUCAAUUUUUGAAUAUUUUAGUAUUGGAUUAUUAUUAGCAGGUACAUUAUUAGUAUCCUUGGUUUUUGCAAAAGAAGGUGAGGGUACUGCAAAAUCAAUUAUAAUUAAUUUAUUAUCUUCAUUCUUUGAAAGUUUAACAAUUGUAGUUUUGAAAUGGGCUUGUACAUAUUUAUAUAGAAUAGAUGAAACCAUUACAGUAAUAGAGAUCUCAUUAUUUAAAGUUGUACAAGGUUCAAUAGCAAUUGCAAUUCCAAUGUUUUUCAUUGACAAGGUUAAUGGAUUUAAAGUAUUACCAGAAUUACCAACUCAUGUCUUAUUUCUUUUAAUCUCUGGUAUUUUUAUUACAAUGGUUUAUCAAACUUGCACCGUUUGGUUAAGUAAGAGUAUGUACUCUACUACCGUUGGUAUUAUCAGUCAACUCCAAAUCAUCCCACAAGAAUUUAUUAAUAUUAUUUCAGGAUCAUUUGUUUCAUCACCUUUACAUAUUGUUGGUGUUGUUUUAAGUGCUCUUGGUUGUUGUUGUUUUAGUGCUUAUCACUUUUUCAAGAUUUUCAGUUUUAAAAAAUCAGUUCAGUUUAAAAGUGUAACUAAAGAUAUUCAAAAAAAUUAA